AUGUUCCACCAGCGUUGCCAGUCGUCUGAAUUCCUACUCGGGAUUCAAAGCUACUCCCUUGAUGAGGGGAUGGGGAAAGGGAAAAAAACAUCUGGGGUGGUCAGGUCAACAGGAAGAAGAGAAGACGUACCAUCUCAUGGGAGGACAGAAAAAGGAAAGCACAAAAAUAAGUACAGCUCAAUCGCAAGCAAAUUUGAAAAAGUAAAACGCCUGAACCACCCCAAUGUGUGCAGUUACUUCAAUUUAUGUCGAAGGGGAGAUGACUUUGUAUUAACCUCUGAGUAUUACUCUUUGUCCGUGUACGAUCUGCUACGCGAGGAAGAAAUGGACGUGGUCAAUUUUAAAUGCAUCCCGAGGGCGGUAAGCGGAGCAGCACUAAACGGAGCGACAUUGAAUGGAGCAACAGUGAAUGGAGAAAAGGAUUGCUCGAGUUCUUCCCAGCAGGGGAGCAUCUCCAGGAGGAAGCUCAUCGAUGCCCACACGACGAAACAAAUAAUUAAGCAAAUUCUUUCUGCAAUUGACUACCUGCACUCCAAAGAAAUAACAUGUUUGAAUUUGACCUUGAAGGAUCUGCUCGUAACACCCAAGGGAGAAAUAAAGAUUCAUAAUUACUGUGUGUCGUACUUGUUUGGUAGCUACUGGUGUGAUGGGCGUGAUGGGCGUGAUCGGUGUGAUAAUUUUUUUAAAAGCACAUUGAGGUGGUUGCCCCCUUCCCAAGCAGAGACUAUGACCAGUGUGAAGGUGAAGGGAGAAAAAGACGGUGGGAAAAAGAACAGACCAACACGAAUGAGUAUCCCCUGUGCAGACAAACGGUUUGUUAAUAACGCCUUGUACUUCCCCCCCUUUUUCUUUUUCAACGAUUUAGUGCAUGUGAAUGGAAAAAAAAAAGGAUCUUCCAACUGUGAUGUGUUCAAACAUGUUGAUAUCUUCAGCGUGGGGAUAAUUAUCCUGCAGUUGGUGAAUGGCAUAUUUGACUUUCAUUUCCUUGUGAGGAAUUGUGGACCCAUUUGUGGCCAGUCCACAUGCGAGAAGAAGUCCCGCUUGAAUGAACUUCACCAAGUUGUGGGGACACUGAAGAGCAUGUGCAAAGACAGUGAGGAAGGGACGCAGCCAAGUGGAAGACGCAAUGGUGGUGAUGAGACUUCACUUUACAUUAACAAAUCAGCAGAAGGGGAAGGCACAUUGGAAAAGGUGAAGACCAUCUUUGUGUUCCUUUUGUACACGAAGGCUUAUCAUCUUAUGGUCGAUGUGGGCGCUUCACACGAGGUGAGUCUCCUAGACAUGAAUGUGUAUGUCCUCUUUCGUGCAUUUGGGAGGCAGCGCUACCGGGGCGGCGCGGACAGCGCAAAGAAGAACGUCGCGGGGAAGAACGGCGUGAAGAGGAGCUGCGCGCGUGCGAACCUGCUGACCUACCGGGUGGUGAAGAGCCUCAUCGAACGCCUCGUCAACGUCAGCGUAACUGUUCCAUUUGUCAAAUGGGUGGAAAAAUUAUUCUCCGAGUUUUUCACUCUACACGUGUUGAAGCAAAACGUGGAGAAAAUAAUGCACCAGGGGGGUGAACAUAAUGAGAUGAUUUUUUUUUUUAACCUUUUGCACAAGUGUUUGUCUUUACGAGGUGGUGAGCAGAAUGGUUCCUCUUCUCUCCUUUCUCAUCCAUACUUCUACCCCCGGGAGGAUGGCGCACCCAUUUUGCCUCGAGGCACGAGCGUGGUUAUGAAGCAGUGUGGAGGGGAACAACCACAAACGGUGCCUUCCCCCAAAGGUGAUGAUUCAACCCCCAUAAAAAGGGAUAACAGCAGCCACGUGGUGAUAACCCCCCAACAGGGAGAGACGGUAUUAAAUUGUCUAACCCGUUUGAAGGGAGAAAAAAAAUUCGAAGCGACCCAUUACAACCGUUACAACCACUACAACCGUUACGUAGUAGAGUACGUCCGAAGCAAUGUCAUGGGAGACCAACUGGAGAGCACACAUUUUAUAAUGACCAAGGACAUACAUUUCUGGUUUGAGAUGCUAUAUAGAAUGGAUUACCUGAACCAGCUGCUCUACGUAAAUGGGGUUAAGAAGGCAUGUAGCAUUUUGAGAUUGCCUUACAUAGCCUACACAAGGAAGAAGCAGUUUUACGAGUUAUUUUUUUUUAGCUUUUAUAAACUCCUUUUGUUGGGGAGAUACCAAGGGGUGCUUAAGGUGUACUCUCAUUUAAUCAGAGGGGAUUCAAAUGUAAGGUGUUCACGAGGUCAUGGAAGUUUUGGGUGUACCUACAAAAGGGUCAAGUGUCGUGGUGACUUGUUCACCAAAGGUACCUGCACAAAUGGAUAUACCUUUUGUGUGAAGGGGAGAAGACGCCUCAUGUGUAAGAAGAACACACUCGGUAGGAUCACUCACCAGGGUGUCCUCACGAUAGACAAAAUUGCACAGAAUAAGUGGGUACAUACGAGCGCAUACCCGUCUGAUGGGGUAAAGGUCGCCAAGCAGGAGCAGCGUUAUGGAGAUGUUAGUUCAGAUCACUUGGGUGAAGUAGCAACUAACGAGGAUGGUAUAGCCCAUUCAUUCUUUUUCAACAUUCCCACUGAAGGGAAAUACACGUCUCUGCCGCUGCACGAUUGUAGCGCGAAGAGAGUGUUGGGGGUGAGGCUGGUUGAAUUUUACGACGCGCUGGAGGAUGCAUAUAUGUUAGUUCAUUCGAAGGUGCAGAACGGUGGAAGCGACCCAGUGAAUAACGUGACAUGCGUGUACGAGAAGGAUCACUCCUUCCUUUACCAGUAUAGUCUCCACGUGAAAUUGCAGAAAUUACUAACCUUCGACCCGCUCAACAGGGAUGAAUUAGAGAAAGAGGUGAGGAGAGGAUUCCCAGGGCACAUGCGUGGGGUAGCCUACCUCACUCUGCUUGGGUAUAAAUACUGCUUGCUGGUGAGGCAGGCAUCGGGCAAGAAAGACAAAAUGAGACGAUUAAUUUGUGAGGCUUAUUUGAGGGGGGGCUUCAGGGAGACGCAACAAGAGAAUUCGCCAGGCAAUUUGGACGAGAAAGGGAAGAUUAAUCUGUGUAGUGGAGACCUAGAGGGGAGAAAUGAUGGACGUUGCGAGGGGGGAGAUGAAACAGAGGAGGGGACUACCAAUAACCACCCCUUCGAUACAGCCAAAUUAUCAUUGGAAUACUUUCUUAAAAAACGCAGGAGAUAUAACGACUUGGUGGGAAGCCCCCAAUUUGCAAAAAAAAUGCUCACGCUAGAACUACUACUUAAUAUAAAAUUGGGGGUAAGAAAUAAACACCUAAGAAGUUUGCUCCUUCCAUUAUGUCUACUCUACUAUGAUAGUACUUACUUAUGCUACAAGUGCAGCAAGCGGGUGGUGCAGAAUUAUUUGCUCGAUCUUUACUCAAGUGAGAACAAGUGGAGGGAAUUUGCUUUCACUUUUAAUUGCCUGCUAAGUUAUUACGCCCCUGAAUUGACUUUAUUUUUUUUUAAAAACGACAUUAAGGUUGAAAGGGUGGUUUAUAGUUGGGUCUGUUCCCUAUUUUCCAACUUCUUCGAUUCACAAAAGUUUUUUUGGCUACUUGAUAGGAUUCUUACUCAGCCAAGGUAUUACCUUUUUUUUGUCUGCUUGAGCAUUUUAAUUUAUUUAAAAAGACACAUUGUUAUGAACAUGUGCAGGGAUAAUUUUGAGAAGAAUAUAUUUUCGCUAGCUAGUUUGGUGAACCUAAAUUUUGUUUUGAAGACCUCUAUGGAUAUGUUUAGCACUUGCCCCAUGUCGCAGAUGCAGUUUCCUCAGGUAGGCAGCGAUUUGGGGGAAGAAACGAACACCCAUGGAGGCGUGAACAAUUCCAAUCAUACUACGAACCUACUUGAAAAUGAACGGGCCCAUAUUAACUACCUCCCCUAUCUCAUCAGCGAUGCCAACUGGGUGCGCUAUUACGUGCAUAGGGACACAUUUAGGGUGUACAGGAAAAAAGGCGCUAGUGUCUCCGUAGGUAGGGACUGCGGCAACGGUGGAGUAGCGGCAGAGGCUCCCUCCAAAGAGAGGACAACUUUAAUUAAAAAUGGCUUGGUAAGUAGGACAACUGUUAAGUCGUUAAGGGGAGGGGCAAAUGAAACAGAAAUAUUAAAGCAUGAAAAAUUAAAACAUAAACAAUUAGAACUGGAAAAAAUAAAACUUAAAAAACUAAACGAUGACAAGUGGGGAGAAAGUGCCGACUUUGCCAACUUGCUCUCACCAGCAGUCGCGCAGGAAGAUGAAACAGUUGACGCACACAAUAGCAAGGCAAAAACGCGAAGCGUUGCGCAUCACUGUGAAUUAUUUUUACACAAUUACAAGAUAAACAAAAAAAUAAAAAACUUAAGUGAGUUCGCUCACUAUGAAACGGAUGUCGUGACAAAUUAUCAAUGUGAAGAUAAGAAGAUGGGGAAAGAAACAAAAAUAAAAAAUAAAAAUAAAAGCAGCGGAACCAAGUGUGUGUACUACAAGUUAACAAAUAAAAACGUUAAAAAGAAAUUCAAUAGGGAAGAUCUUGUGAGGCUGUGCAACUUUCCCAUGUUUCCAUUUGUAUAUAUCACAGACUUGGCGAGCGAAUUAUCUCUUGAUAAUUACAUAAUUAUUGAUAUGAGAUCCCCAGAACAAUUUAAAAAAAAAAGACUAAAACAUUCUGUUCACAUUAACACCUUUUUAAAUAACUUUAAAAAAGGAGUUUAUAUCAACUACACAGAUGGUAGUUACGAGGUGGACACCCACUUGAAGACAAUUAUUCUCGCAUUUAGCAGCUUCACUUUUGACUUUGACGCCAUUUACAACUUUUUGAACUUAAAAAUUAAGCGUAUCACCAUUCUAUGGGGAGGUUUGCAUUGCGCCUUCAGUGGUUUGCCGACGAGUUGUUUCACUUAG